AGCUUCACGGACCGCUGUCCCACCCAGUACCCUCCAGCUGUGCUUCAAUUCCCCCCCGCAGCUGUCUUAAUCUGAUCGCUCGGUUCAGCGCGUCAGGGUACUGUGCCUUACCUUCAUUCAUUCGCCUUUUAUCGACUUUCCGUCGUGUCUCCGAUUAUGGAUGUCCCUGAGCCGGAACAGACGCCGUACAUGGCAGUCACGGCGCAAACCUCUAAACUUGCCAGGCAAUAUCAAGCGUACCUUGAUGCUUCGACCCCCUUCACAACCUACCGGUGGGCCGGCACCGGUGCACUUCUUUUCCUCUUUUUCCUGAGAAUCAUUCUGGCCGAGGGAUGGUACAUUGUGGCGUAUACGCUUGGCAUCUACCUUUUGAAUCUUUUCCUGGCGUUUCUGCAACCCAAAUUCGAUCCCUCUCUCACUCAGGAUGAGAGCAUGGAAGACGGUGAUGCCUCUUCCAGCCUUCCGACAAAGCAGGAUGACGAGUUCCGUCCCUUCAUUCGCCGUCUGCCCGAAUUCAAGUUUUGGCAUGCUGCCACCCGUGCCAUUGCGAUUGCCUUUAUCUGCUCGUGGUUUGCCGUCUUCAAUAUUCCAGUGUUCUGGCCUGUGUUGGUCAUGUACUGGAUUAUCCUGUUCGUUAUGACGAUGAGACGUCAGAUUCAGCACAUGAUCAAGUACCGCUAUGUGCCGUUCACAAUUGGGAAGAUGCGAUACGGCCGCGAAUAAGUUGACGGAUUUCCUACGGUGGCUCUCCUUUUCUUCGCAUUUUGGGAGAGCUACCUUUAUAUUCAUUUGAUAUCCCCCUUGCAAAGAAAUAUGACCUAUGUCACUUUGUUACGUGUUGUUCUCUUUCAUGGUACGCGGUCCUGGGCUGGUUUCAUACGGCGCGGGCCUAUUCCCGUUAGGCAUUGCCCUCCGCAUUUCGAUGAUUCAUUUCGAUGAAAUAGCAGGAUGGAAGAGACCCUGAUUGAUGCUUUGAUGAUGCUGCAUGCCGUGCUGUUCAUAACCUGGACGGGUAUUGAUGUUGGUGUCGUGAUAUUGUAUCCGUUGAUUCUCUUUUCUUUUCUCGUACUUCAUCCAGUGUACAGCUUUCAAGUCCAGGCUCGGUUAGUCGGACUUCCUUUUUCUUCUUUUGAGCACCAGAAAUCAUGUACUAUUGUAAUCCAUGUCUUUAUAGAAUGGUGAUGACUUUGAUAUCUUCCCAUAACGCGUGAAAUAUAGGUCUAGGUCAGAAAUCUUUUGGAGUCCGA